AAACAAACGUGUUUACUAUUGCACGCGGAAUUUCGCCUAGAAAAUGUUUCCACAACUGAAGACGCAGAUAAAACAAGAAAAACUGAGCUUUUCCGAUGUUGAGGACACGAAUUCGGAAGCGGACGAUGAAAGGGCAGCGGCCAUCGAAACUAUAUCUCGCAACAUCAAGCAAGAGAAAUUAAGUGGUUCCGUGAGCGCGGAUGCAGAAGAGGACCAAGAAAGGGCCAGGCACAUCGAAACGAAAACCCCAACAAUCAAGCGGGAAAAAGCUUCCGAUUCCGAGGAUGACAUGCAAAACGAUGCCGAUAAUAUCCGGUCCUCAAGAGAGACCACGCCAUCCGACGACGUGGACAGUACUAUUAAAGAGAAGCAUCUUUUGACGCUGUUAAAACGCUGCCAGAAAUCCGCCUUUAGCAACGAAAUGGAGACAAAGCUGCGGGAUUAUUUGAACCAGUUUCCCAACAUUGGACCUAUUUCAAGGGCCCGAGACGUUGAGCUCGAUCUUACCGACCCUGACGAAGAAGCAUGGGUUAUUCAGUGUCCCGCUAGUGUUGAUCCUUGUAGCGUGUUGUUAAACACAAAGCUCAAUCUUUCGUUGCCGCGUUCGCUCAUUAAGAAGUGUCCAAUGGCCCUCGAAACGAACGUUCGGACCAACGUGGCGGAAGACGUGAUUAGUGUGCUAUCCGGUUCGAGAGUAAAAUCGUUUAUUCCAGCCGGUUUCGUGCGAAUCAUUGAAACGCUGCCGAGAGUCGCCGAACCAGAGAUGCCAACAGAAGUCAACUCGUGCGGUCAGGUACAGGUACCUUUUCCCGAAGAACUUCGCGUGCGACAUCCAUUGCUGGGUUACGAUUAUCAGACGGCCCUUGAAGUGCCGAAACAUGUACAAAAGCGUCUUUCGACCGCACAACAGAAAUCAGAUCUUUUGUACAGUUCUUCGAGCUCAUCAUUUACGUUGAAAAAAACCAAAAAGACAAACGUUAAACCCGAACCCGACGUAGAGAUGGAUUCCAGCGAUCACUCUUUAGUUGCAGAUAAAAAGAAAAAGCGAAAAGAAAUUAAAAAAGAACCUACCGGUGGUAUUUUAUCGCCAAGCCAGGAUAAAAACGCAGAGGAAUCUAGCCCAUUGAAACGUAAGCGAAAAAACGUAGAAAAUGAAGUGCAGAGCAGUUUCAUCAUCAAACAAGAGGUGCAGAAUGAAGCUGAGGAGGACGAUAUAUCGUGGUUAUUAAACAUUUAAUAAAGCAUUAGUAAAGCUAAUGUGGCUUUCUUGAUACGCAGACGCGCA